AUGCCAGUGCCGGGAUCUAGCUGCGUAAGUAGCUCAAACGGUGCUGCCGCGGCGGCUGACGUCAGCAGAUUAAACCCCGACGGUUCAGCGGUGCAAUUGUCGACUGCGGCAGGCAUUCCAGUUGCUUCGACAGGGGGGCCGGCUGUAGUGGCCUCUGCGACCCGCGUCGAAGCGGGUGCAGGGGGUGCAACGAAGCCCGAGGGCGAUCUGGGGUUACGGGAGAAAGCUUUGGCGGCGGGUGCCGCAGCUGUGGUGUCGGCCGUUAUUAUGAACCCGCUGGACGUCGUUAAGACGCGGCUGCAGGCGCAAACAGCGUCCGCAUCUCCCCGCGCCCCCGUCCGCCCGUCGCCACUCGCUUCCACCUCCCCCGCCGCAAUCACAUGUCUGCGAGAGGAAGGGGCUUUGCGCUUGUGGCGUGGCACGGGCGCCUCUCUCCUCAUGGCUGUACCAACGGUUGGGAUCUAUCUCCCUGUGUACGAUAUCCUCAAGAUCGAGCUCGCAGCGAUGUCGAUCAACGGCCAGGAUCGCGCUGUGCCGGAGGCGUAUGUGCCGUUGAUCGCAGGGUCGGUGGCGCGUGCACUGGCUUGUGUCAGCUGCGCGCCAUUGGAGCUUGCAAGGACUCGCAUGCAGGCACAGAGACCAGUGGUGGGGGCAGGGGUGGGGGCAGUGGGGGUGGUAGGAUCACCAGUGGCAGCAGCAGCAGCAGCAGCAGCAGCAGCAGCAGCAGCAGCAGCAGCAGCAGCAGCAGGAGCAGGAGGAGGGGCAGAAGCAGGAGCCGCAGGAAGCUUGGGUGGGGGAGGGGUAGUGGGUGGGUCAAGGCCUGGCACGCUAGCGACGCUGCGGACGAUUCUGCAGCCGCAUUCAGGCACUCAAGGGCUGCGCGCGCUGUGGACAGGUGUUGACGCCCAAUUGGCCCGUGACGUGCCGUUCUCAGCCAUCUGCUGGGGUCUAUUGGAGCCCACCCGGCGUUACCUGCUCAGUAGAUCUGCUGAACAGUGGGAGCAGAAACAGCGGGACAGGCAGCAGUGGGUUCAGGGUGGUGCUGGUGCUGGUGCUGGUACUGGCAGUGAGGUGUAUUCUCAUUCGCUUAUUGAGGCUGCGGAGGAGGCUCGGCAGCUGCCGCUGCUGCAGGUGGUGGGGGCGAAUUUCGCGGCAGGGAUGGUGGCGGGGAGUGUAGCAGCAGCAGUGACUCACCCUCUGGAUGUGGCCAAGACGAGGAGGCAGAUUCAAGUAACAGGAACUCAGCUGAACACUGCUCAGACGCUGCAGCAUCUCUGGAGGGAGGGAGGGAUGAAAUCAUUAUUUGCCGGGGCUGGUCCUAGAGUGUUGAGAGCUGGCCCAUCAUGUGGAAUUGUGGUCACUUUUUACGAGGUGGUGAAGCACCUGCUCAAUUAA